UAUAAUUGUUUUAAUUGCUUUCGUAAUAAAAUCAAAAGGAAUAAGUAGCAAAAUAAUAGGAUAAGUAAGAAAAGAGAUAGUUGAUAUAAAUUGAUUUGAAUUUGAUGAGAUAUGGAAAGUGAAUAAAUUUUUCAAUAAAUGAAACCCAAUCUAAAUAGAAUUAGGAUUUUAGCUAUAAAAAAGAAAAGGAAAAUAUUCUUCCCUAACAAAUAAUUAUUGAUAAAGUCAUUCAGUAACCGACCGUAAUGUAUUCGCAAUGAAUAUAUAUAUAUAUUAUUAUUGUUGUAUAUAUAUAUAUUAUUAUUGUUGUUUGAUCCUCAUUAUGGAGAGAAAUUUUGGAAAAAGAAAAAGAAAAUCUCCUUUUCUUAUUCUGGUUUGCAUGAGAAUCAAAUUCUGAAGCAUUGAAAUUAGAAACAAGAAGGAUUUGUAUACAAAAUUCUACUGCAAUUCUUGUUUGCUUCUCUUUUAAUUUCAGUUUAGCAGUAGCUCUCCCGGCUGCCUCUUUGGUUGUGGACCUUGGAACCCCAAUUUUGACAGAUCCUAACUAAGCUAAGAUAAUGGGGAGGAAAUCCAGGAACAAGGAGAGUCUUGCUGACAGAACUCAGCCUCCAGCCGAACAGAAUCUCGCAAAUACACCACCCGACAAGCUAAAUCUUGAUAGGUUGAGCCUUCUUCCACAAUCAGUAAUUCAUUACAUCUUCUCGUUCCUGGGGCUAAUGACAUCGCUCGGCUAUAUUUAGUCUCCAAGUUCUUAAGGACAUCAUGCUUGUUCAGUCCUUAUUUAGAUUUUGAUCUGAAGUUUGAUAAGAAAAAUUGCAGUGGCAAGUAAUAGGCAGUAUAAGGCGUUUAUUGAGAACUUCUUUACUCAGAAAGAUGAGCAGGAUUCAUUGCAGAUGCAUCAGUUUCACCUUCAUUGGUCUUGUUCUCGCAGAGACGCUAGCAAAACAUCUCGCUUCGAUAGGUUCAUACAAAAGGCAAUGAGAUGUAAAGUUCCCGAGAUUGACGUUCUAUUCGACCCUGCAGCAUUAAAAUGCAGCCUGUUUCCUGCCUGUAUCUUGAAUAAUCCAUCCAUAAGAGUGUUGAACUUGGAUUUGCAGGGAAGCACACUUAAUCAGCUGCCUAAAGAGUUUCCAUUCCUCGAGGUUUUGUCACUGAAGUAAAAGUAGCUUCUGGUAGAGCACUGGUAGCCUGGAUUUCUACUUACUGUGAAUCCAUUUCAACUUUGAAACUCAAAAGUGUUUAUGGGAUAAAUGAAAUCUCAAUCAUUAGCUCAUCUCUCAAAGAUUUGAGUAUAACAGAUUGCAUCCCAGAAGGUGAUGAUGCAGAUUACUUUCUUGAAAUGCACUGUCCAUCUCUCGAAACCAUCGUGCUGAAAGAAGUGAAGCAAAAAAGAUACAACUCCCGUUAUGCAUUUCCAAGAAAGUACCGUAUUAAAAUUGAUUGUUUAUCUCUGAAGAGUUUAGGAGUUUUUUAUUGCGACUUUGACGAGCUGGAUCUCACUGUCGUCAGUCCCUCUCUCAUGGAUUUGCAAUUUUCUAAGUGCAACAUUAAUGGUCGUUUUGAUUUCAGUAUUGUGGCUAAACAACUUCAAACUCUACGUGUGGAUAUGUUCUUGAAAUUCUUCUACGCCCCAGAUGCCACAUUCACUAUCGACUCUGGUAACUUGAAAUCACUACAGCAUGUUAGUCUUAGCCUUGGAGAUAACCUGCAGGAAAAAUUCAUAACGAAAGGCUUGGUUCAGCUUUCUGAAAGAAUAAGCUAUGCCAAGAUUUUAGAAUUAGACUUUCUGAUUAUCCAGCCUUCUGUUGUGGAAAACAUUGCUCCUGUAAACCCUCGGCACUUGGCAGUAAUUGUUGACCAGUUGCAAGAUUACCACAUUACAGUAAUAGCCUCCUUUCUGGAUAGACUGGAUUUGGAUAGUCUAAAGACCCUAACAAUCAGACGCAAAGAGAGUCGGACUGAAUUUACUGAAUUUGAGUUUGUCAAAUCGCUGAAAAAGGAGCUAAAAGAUUUGGGAAGAACAGCUACUAACCUUGAAAUUACUUGGCUGGAGCCUCCUGUCAUGCCACCAGAGUGGUAAAUACAUGUUCUUUGUACCGAUGCCUGCAUAAAGAGUCUUAAGACAUAUUUGGCAGUGCAUUAUAGAAUCAUCAUUACAUUAUUUUCUUCCUUGCACUGUUUGGUAGUAUAAAAAUCUAAUAACAGAUACGCCAUGUAAUUGAUUACUCUUAUGUAAUGCUCAAUACAUAAAGAAAAGAUAUAAUCAUGAUUACUUUACAUUUA